CCCUCCGCGGCUAUAAAGGGCGGCGGAGCGGGGCUGCGCCACCUUCUCACUGCGCGCCGGGGCGGCACAGAGGCAGCAGGAACACCCCGAGGAGGCGAAGAUGGUGAAAGUCGGAGUCAACGGAUUUGGCCGCAUCGGCCGCCUGGUCACCCGGGCUGCCGUCCUCUCUGGCAAAGUCCAAGUGGUGGCCAUCAACGAUCCCUUCAUUGAUCUGAACUACAUGGUUUACAUGUUCAAAUAUGACUCGACUCAUGGUCACUUCCGGGGCACUGUCAAGGCUGAGAAUGGGAAACUUGUGAUUAACGGGAACGCUAUCACCAUCUUCCAGGAGCGUGACCCCAGCAACAUCAAGUGGGCAGAUGCUGGUGCUGAAUACGUUGUGGAGUCUACUGGCGUCUUCACCACCAUGGAGAAGGCUGGGGCUCACCUGAAGGGUGGUGCUAAGCGUGUUAUCAUCUCUGCCCCAUCAGCUGAUGCUCCCAUGUUUGUGAUGGGUGUCAACCAUGACAAGUAUGACAAGUCUCUGAAAAUUGUCAGCAAUGCCUCUUGCACUACUAACUGCCUGGCGCCCUUGGCCAAGGUCAUCCAUGACAACUUUGGCAUCGUGGAGGGUCUUAUGACCACUGUCCAUGCCAUCACAGCCACACAGAAGACAGUGGAUGGGCCCUCUGGGAAGCUGUGGAGGGAUGGCAGAGGUGCUGCCCAGAACAUUAUCCCAGCAUCUACUGGGGCUGCUAAGGCUGUGGGAAAAGUCAUCCCUGAGCUCAAUGGGAAACUUACUGGAAUGGCUUUCCGUGUGCCAACCCCCAACGUCUCCGUUGUGGACCUGACCUGCCGUCUGGAAAAACCAGCCAAGUAUGAUGACAUCAAGAGGGUAGUGAAGGCUGCUGCUGAUGGGCCCCUGAAGGGCAUCCUGGCAUACACAGAGGACCAGGUUGUCUCCUGUGACUUCAAUGGUGACAGCCAUUCCUCCACCUUUGAUGCGGGUGCUGGCAUUGCACUGAACGACCAUUUCGUCAAGCUGGUUUCCUGGUAUGAUAACGAGUAUGGAUACAGCAACCGUGUUGUGGACUUGAUGGUCCACAUGGCAUCCAAGGAGUGAGCCGAGCACACAGCCAGCCCCCCUGCUGCCUAGGGAAGCAGGACUCUCCUUCGUUGGAGCCCCUGCCCUUCUUCACCACCGCUUAGCUCUGCAUCCUGCAGUGAGAGGCCAGUUCUGUUCCCUUGUCUCCCCCACUCCUCCAACUUCUCCCCGAGCCUGGGGGAGGUGGAGAGGCUGAUAGAAACUGAUCUGUUUGUGUACCACCUUACAUCAAUAAAAGUGAUCACCAUCUGAAA